AAAACCCGGUCUGAGGUAUAUUUUGCACCCACUGGACACGAUUGUUCAGCUGAGGAUCGUGCGUCUUUUCCCAUAUCAAUGACAUUUGGCCCAGACGCACUUGAUAGAUCAGAUCCGGGACUUGCUUGAUUGACUGUAUCCCAUGCUUUGGACAUCUGCCGCCUAUUUUAUUCUCGUAUGACUAACGCGGAUGCCAGCGCGCUGAUACCUCUUGGAUGUCUUUCUGCUACCGUCACCCCUCAUAGAUACCAUUGACCCAACCCGUACGGUUCUCCAUCCCGGCGUCUCGCGAUCGCGAUGCCUGUGACUUUCAAAGAGGCUUCACAUCCUGCUGCGUCGAUCAAUCUUAAUAAUCUUCGACGAUAUGGCAACAUCGAGGAACUUUUGGAUGCUGCCUGCUCAGAUCGGUUGCGAGAUGGCACCGAAGUGCUACAAAGUUCUGUUUCAGCCAAGGAAUUACCAAUGUUACAGGCCAGGAGUAAUGGGUUCGUUCACACGGUCAUGCAGGCGUACAAUCAGCACCAUUGCCUCACUCUCAGGCCAGACGAUGUUUGGAUAGCAAUACUGGGUCAACUGAGUUUCUAUUGCAAUGCACAUCCAGACAAAUUUCGAUCAUCAUCUACACGACAAAAUAGGAAACCUAAGAUAAAGGUUGCCACCGAUGCUUCACGCUACACCGUCGAUUUCGCGAGCGUAGCGCGGCAAAUGACUGGCUGUUUGCAUGGUGAUGAGACUGACGAGACGUUGAAGAGAUGGAUACUGCCAGAUUUCACAACGACAACGCUUGUGGAUACUACCAUCUGUUCGGUGAUGAUGAUGGCUACGCUGUCGGCAGAGAUCCAAUUCGACAUGGUUUGUGCGUGUGGCAUCCCAUCCGUGACGCUUGAGGGCGAGAAAGCGGACUGGGAGAAAUUGCUACGCCGCAUGGACAAACUGGAUACACUCGGAGAGGAGCCAAAGAUCUGGGCGACAAUGCUGCGUCCAAUCUUGCGGCGCUUUAUCUCAGCAUUCGACGGCGAACCGGACCUACCCUUUUGGGAACACGUCGCACAUAGCGACCCUUCGUUCUACGGCGCGGACGAUAUGAGCGGCUGGAUCACCGCCUUCUGUGUAUGGUCGAACAGGGGAAAGUGGCAGGCCGGACUGUUGCACAUCGGUGAAGACGGACUAGCCGGAUCGCGCAUUUCCUGGAAAUCGUUCGUCGGCAAGAACGACAGCCGCGCGCUCGUCCUAGACGGCGUCCCGUACCCGCAGAUGUCCGUACUCUUCAUUCCAGAAGGCUACUGCGCAGUCAAUGUCGCGCUGAGCGAGAACGAUCUCGAUCUCGACUGCGUCAUGAUCGCAGGCCACGUCGCCACCGCGGUCAGCGCCGAGAUGGGCGGAAACGAGCUCAACACGGUCAGCCCUGCCCCGCAAUGGUUCAUCUAUGUCAAGGGCGAGGAGAAACCAGAGCCUCCACGUGCGAUGCAGCCGUGGGAGGCUCCUGAGCUCCUCUUUGUUCCGGAGAGAAAAGAGUAUACUCUCGCACCGAAGGUUGCUGUCGGGGACUUGCAGCCGAUGCGUACCUGUUGUAUCAUUUCGUGACUUCUGCGGACCUAGUGCGCGGUGCAUCAGGUCGUUGACGCGUGUCGCGGCCGGCCAAAUGUCAUGAGUAGCUUGUCUCUUUCCCCUAUAUAUUCAUCAAUCCGGGUAAUUGGCAUAUAUCUGCAUACUUAGGUCAAGGUU